AUGUCGAUUUCUACCACCGCUUUAUUUUUGGCCAUUCUAUGCCUCACCAAACUAUCGCUCUCAAGACCUACACCUAAACCCGAGAAAGGAAAUCCUCUUGAUGUCAAUCUCCAAAUCCCAGCGGGACCAGACGUAGGAGUAAACGUCGGUAACGGUGACAAUAUUGUUCAUGUAGACGUUAACACCCUACAUCUGCCCCUGAUCCCAUGUAUGAAUAUUUUGAAAUCAUUGAAAACAUCGGGCGCGACAUUGCCACUGACUGGCAGAAGUCUGGACAUCAAACGGGUGGGCCCGGCGUUAUUAUCAAGAUCAGUCAGUGAGCGGAGCUUCGUACCCAUUUCGACUACCAGUGUAAAUGCAGUCGCAACGACGUUGUCGGAUUCCAUUGGUCCUAUGAUAGCUAUAGAUUCAUCUAUUCCAAAUUGGUCAAGUUCCGGCAUAUCCACCACAAUCGACACAUUCUCAAGUUCCAACAGUCCUACGACCGCAAAAGAUUUGUCGAUUUCAAGAUCAUCAAGUGCCAGAAGGUUCACCUUGGAAGAUGCUUCUACGACAUCCAAGAAAGCAAGAUUGACUCAUACACAUUACCGUGCCUCAUUGUCACCAAACCCUCCAUCGACCAUAAUAAUCGAACCUCUUUCUACCUCAACGUCACCCAAAAUGAAACACACAUCACGGCUUUUCAAAGGCACCCAUAUCUAUACAGUAUUCAUCUGUACAUCCGCAUCCCUUACUCCCUCAAGUCCUAACCCAAAGUCCAUUAACUACGACUCACAAACAUUCAAACCAACUUUCACCUGGAUCUCACCUCCUCAAACGAGAUCCACCGUAACACCAAUUGGUCUACCGGUACAAAGUAGCACGACCUGGGGGACAAAGAUGUUGGCAAAUACCUCUAGGAAGGUAGCUACUUGGCAUCCACCUGCGGAGACUUUGUGUCCUUCUAUUAUUGAACGUGGAGCACCGAAUAAGGGCUGA